UGGCAGCAGCAGCCGUAAAAAAGGUCCAUGCAGUGAAGUGUGUAGAUGAGCCACAACAGCUAAACGCUAGCUCAGGUUUCUUCAAAAACUCAGGCUAAUUUUAACCCCAUGAUCCUCGGGGUUUAAAUGCCAGUCCAAACCAUCCAGGACCAGUUGUUCUGCUAGCGUCCCUCCACUUCACAACAUAAGGGAACUUAUAGCGCUGCUCUAGCUUCAGCUUUUCAAGAAAAUUAUUUCACUAUUUCUCAAGACAAACUUUGACAAUUAUGGAGCUUUUCGAGACCAAUCCGUAUUUUUUCCCCGAUCAGCGAUUUUAUGAAGGGAAUGAUAACUUCUACCAGUCCAGACUUCCAGGGGGCUUCGACCAAACCGGCUUCCAGGAUCGGAGCACCAUGAUGGGCUUGUGCGGUCCGACGGGGGUGCCCCAAGUCGUGGAGGACAAGCCAUCUCCGAACAGCAGCUUGUCCCCUCACUCUGACAGCAACACACCCCACUGCCCGGGACAAUGCCUUCCCUGGGCCUGUAAGCUUUGUAAGAGGAAAACCGUCACCAUGGAUAGACGUCGAGCGGCCACUUUGAGAGAAAAACGGCGCUUGAAGAAAGUGAAUGAGGCUUUCGAUGCUUUGAAGAGGAGUACGCUGAUGAACCCGAACCAGAGGCUGCCCAAAGUGGAGAUUUUGAGAAGUGCCAUCCAGUACAUCGAGAGACUGCAGGCGCUGGUGUCGUCCCUCAAUCAACAAGAGAAUGAGGCGGGACAGCAAGGAAUACACUACAGGCAAAGUCAAGCACAGCCCCGAGUGUCCUCCUCGAGCGAGCCCAGCUCUGGGAGCACGUGCUGCAGCAGCCCCGAGUGGAGCAGCACCCCGGAGCAGUGCCAGAGCUACAGCAGCGAAGAUCUUCUGAGUGCGGCGGACUCUCCAGACCAGGGGAACAUGCGUGCGCUCUCCUCCAUCGUCGAGGGCAUCUCUGGGGCUGACGGCUCGGUGGCUUUCGGUGACAUUCCCAAAUAGAGCCUCCAACCGAGACGACCAGGCCACGGGCAGCCAGCUAAACCAACACCACACUUUUAACAGGGCUAAUUUAUUUAUUUAAACAAUUUGAUGCAAAAUAUUAAAUUAUUAAGUUAUUAUUGAGGUUUAAAUUAUGAUGCUAGAGUAUUAGCUGCUCAGUGGUCUGACAGAAAUGAUAAAACAUAAAUUCCGAUUGUACUUUUCACAACUUUCUAUGCCACAUUCUUGUACUCACCAAAUGCUCCAUAGUCCUGAAUUGAUGAUGACAACAAAUUAAACUUCCAUAACUUCCAGUACUUCUUAACUUCCUAAACCUAAUUUUAAAACACAUUUAAUCAUAAUAUUUUGAACGAACUGUAGCUUUUGUCCUCACCAAGGUGCUCCCGUUAGUUUGUUGUUAGCGCCUUUCAGCUAAUAAUAGAAAUGCAAUGAAUUGACAGUGUAGCUUAGCCAGCAAAACUGCUUUUUAAGGUUAAAACUGUAUUUAGCCAGGGGCGUGUCCAGAGUAUUUUUGUACCGGGUGACGUAAGGGUGGGACCGCUGCAAGUUAAGUCAGUAAUUCUUCAAAAAGGAAAUUGAGAAUCCAACAUUAACAUUCACAAUUAUUGAAAAUUAAAUAGUUUAAGCUUAUUUAUUCCUCAUAUUUGUUUUGAUUUGGUAAAAUUCUACUGAAAUAGGGUCUCAGCUGUGGUGGUCUUUGCUAUACUUGGCACCCGAGACAUGUCCCUACAAUUAGCACAUUUUAAAAUCAAAAUGACUUUCUAUACUUUGUGGACAAUUGCGAUGCUAAAAGACAAUAACUAAUCAGUAACAUGUAGACUUUUUGUCAAGUUUUAAUGCAGAUUCCUGGUUUAUUUCCCGACUUUCCAUAGAGAACAUGAAUGUGGCGUGAUCCUCUUUCCUAUUUCCUACCUAAUUCUGUGGUCCAGUCAAAGUCAAAAUCCAAGGACGUUGCAUGAAUAGUUCCUGGAGAGAGUGGAUUCUCUUGAACCCACAUUGGAGAUUUUUUUCUUAAUUUUUCCUUUUUCCCAAAUCUUUCCUUUUUUCCGUGUGUUUUUAUUUUAUGCUUAAAAUAAUUCAUGAGUUUUAUUUCUGGGGCCAAUAAUAUAUUAUGUGUACCAUGGCAGUUUUGACCAAGACCUGCUUAAUUUAAAACUGGUAAUUAUUAUUAUUAUAGUGAUGUAAAUACGUUCCCUUUUCUACAGAGUGGUUUG